CAUCAUGGAUUCAUGAUAUUAAUAAUGGACCUCGGAUCAGCUGCAUUCAAAGACGAAUACUAUAGUUUCAUUUUCAAUCUGGCCCACACCUACCGUAUCUAAAUCAAUCUGAAACUCAUCAUCCAGAGAUUUAAAUAAAUAACCGUCGAUAGAGAUUAUGGAGUAGAUUUAGAAACAGAGGAGAGGAAAGCAGAGUGAGUGAGAGACUGAGAGAAUGGAAAACAGAGGAGAGAAAAACUCUGUUUAUCCUCUAAAUAGUUAUGAAGUUCAUCCAAGAACUAAACCAACUCGUGUUUUCAUGUUCAUUUAUCUAUGUGGAAUCAUAGCUCUAUUCUAUCAUCACUUAACUACUCUCAUAUUCCAUUCAAAUAAUUUACUGCCGUCAAUCUUACUCUUGAUUUCUGAUUUAGUUCUGUCUUUCAUGUGGAUUACAUCUCAAGCUUUUCGAUGGCGUCCGAUUCGUAGAAAAGUAUACCCGGAGAAUCUGUCAAAACUUGUAAAAGAAGAGGAUCUUCCCGCUUUGGAUGUAUUCAUCUGUACAGCCGAUCCAUACAAAGAACCUCCAAUGGAAGUUGUGAAUACGGCUUUAUCUGUAUUAUCAUUUGAUUAUCCUCCAAACAAGAUUUCCGUUUAUGUUUCUGAUGAUGGGGGAUCUCAAAUGACUCUUUUUGCGUUGAUGCAAGGAGCUAAGUUCGCCAAACACUGGUUGCCGUUUUGCAGGAAGCAUAAUCUCAGUAAGAGAUGCCCUAAAGUGGUUCUCAAACAGCAUGAUUCUGCUCAUCUUCAGCUUGAUUCUCAAGAGGAUUUCCAAAAAAUGAAGAGGUUAUACGAGGAAAUGAGAAGGAAGGUAGAUCAAGUUAUGGAGCAAGGAUACGUAGAUGAUGAUAUCGUUAAUGAGGAAGAGAGACAAGUUUUCCAUAAAUGGAGAGUAAAUGAAUUUACUCGCCAACAUCAUCCUACAGUCAUUCAGGUGCUCAUGGAAAGCUCUAAGGAUGUUGAUAUCUCCGGGAUAUCUCUACCCAAUUUAAUCUACCUCUCUCGGGAGAAAAGUAAACAUAUUCACCACAAUUUCAAGGCGGGUGCUCUGAAUGCAUUGAUACGUGUAUCAGCGGUUAUGAGUAGCGCACCAGUUGUUCUGAGCCUUGACUGUGACAUGUACUGUAAUAAUCAUCAAGCUCCGCGGUUGGCACUAUGCCAUCUGCUAGACCCUAAUGAAGGCUCAAAAACUGCUUUUGUUCAGUUUCCACAACGAUACAGAGGGAUUAUUAAUCCAACUGAUAUCUAUAACAAUGAGGUUACGAGGCCGUUCAUAAUAAAUCCUGAAGGGUUAGAUGGGAUUGGUACUACGAAUUAUGUUGGCACCGGUCCUUUCAUCAAUCUAAAAGCAUUUUAUGGUGGCCCAACUCAACCAAAAGUAAACAUAUUCCCUGGAUUUAACAAGGACGAAAGUGGUUUGGAGAGAAAAACAAUAAGUUCAAAACUAAUUUUGGAAGCAGCUAAUAAAGUUGCAGAUUGCAACUAUGAACAAGGAACAAACUGGGGAAGAACUUUGGGUUUCAGAUACGGAUCCCUGGUUGAAGACUUUUUUACGGGUUAUCGCAUGCAAUGUGAAGGAUGGCGAUCAAUAUUUUGCAACCCGAAGACUCCAGCAUUUCUGGGAGAUUUCCCAAUCAGCUUAAAUGAUUCAUUAAUUCAAGUAAAACGAUGGUCAGUUGGAUUGAUUGAGGUUGGGUUCUCAAAGUACUGCCCAUUCACAUUUGGUACAAGAAAUCGAUCCCUACUUAUGGGUAUGGCGUAUGGUUUUUAUGCAUUUUGGCCUAUAUGGGCUAUCCCUAUUUUCAUAUAUGGUCUUCUUCCGCAGCUUUGCCUUAUACACGACAUA